CUCCCCAAGCCAUUGGGUUUCAUUUCAUUCUCUCCCUCUCUCUCCCUCUCUCCCUCUCUCCCUCUCAAUUUGAACCAACGUCAACACACAUUUUCCUCUAAUUUCUCAGCUCCAAAUCACUCACCAUGGGUUCCUGCUUCUCCUCCGAAUCAAGUAAGUCCUCUGCUCCUUCCACGGCUAAAGUCAUCUCAACCAAUGGUAACCUCCUUGAAUAUUAUGUUCCUAUUACCGUAUCCCAGGUGCUCCAAAUGGAAAGCUCCUCUUCCUCCUCCUCCUCUCCUUUCUUCCUCUGCAACUCCGAUAGCCUUUACUACGAUGAGUACAUUCCGCCGCUCGAUUCCGCUCAACACCUCCAAGCGGGUCAGAUCUAUUUCGUCCUGCCUUUGAGUCGGUCGCACUACCGCUUAUCAGCUUCCGAUAUGGCUGCCUUGGCGGUGAAAGCCAGUCUGGCCCUCUCUCAAUCGUCCACCAAGGAUGGCAUCCGUCGUAAGAAGAUACGAGUUUCGCCUGUCUUUGAUGUCAAUUAUACAACGAAUUCUAUAGAGGAUGACGAUUUUGUCGGCUUCAAGAGUUUUCAGAAACCUAAACAAUCCGGGAUUACGAGAUCUGGGUCUAUGAAAAAGUUACAGAGGAACGGUUCUAGACGAACUAGGCUGGCCAUGCGCUCAUUUCGAUUGAAAUUGAGCACUAUCUACGAAGGUCGCGUCGCUGAAUGGUAAAUACAAGCAAGAUUUAUUAAUUUGUUCCUCGGUUAGCCCCCUCUUUUUUUUUGGUUUUCUGUAAAAACAAAACAGGGGAUCGAAAUUCGAAUUGAGUUCUUUUUUUUUUCUCUUUUUCAUAUUGUCCGGUCUUUAAUCUCAUGGAAAAAGCAAUAGGGAUUCGGGGUUAUCGUCCCUUCCUAUUCUUUGAUUAAUUUUUCUUAAUUUGUUCAUCGUCUGCUGUUUGUCAUUUUGUUCGUUAAUCCCUCAUUUACAAUGAGAAAAACAGAAGUAGGAAGCAACUUA